AUGCUGAAAUGUUUCCGCGACAUGCUGCUGCUCUACCUAUACUGUUGUAGGAUCAUUGAGAAGAAAAUGACACAGAUAUCUGCAAACUUUCCGCUUCUUUUCUUAAAGAAGGUUUACCGAGAAUGGUUGUCGGAGAAGGAAGGACUGAUUCUAAGGACUGGAAGGAGAAGGUUGUUUAAAGGAUUGAUUUCUCCGGAUACAACCGUCCUGCUCAACCCUCUAUCCGUCCCUGAAAUAUCUAAAGGACAAAAACGUCGAAAGGACGGAUCAUUCUGGAUUUCUCUGGGUUGUAUCGAGAGCUCAAUCGGAAUAAGGAUCCUAGCUGGAGUCUCGGAAGAUGUUCCUUUCAAGGAUAUAUUGUGUACUCAUCUAGGCCUGGAAAACAUUACAAACCUUUUUCAUGGAUUAAAUAAGAACCUUGAUCUAGCCAAGUUAAAGUUCUACACGGAGAAGGCGGGGGGAACGGUGAAUACAGCCGAAUCCUUGACAAUUUCUAUCUUUGAGACUUCAUGCGUCAGAACACUGGACAGCGAACUUUUAGUUCCAUUAAUUAGUGAAUUUCUUCAUGAGCAAUUUGUGUUUCAUGACUCAGUCAUAAGACUUGAUACAGAGAAUAUUAAGAUUAAAGAAAUUUUAAAAAUAGACAAACAUAUUAGUAUCUAUCUUCGGGUUCAGUUUCAAAACCCAGGAACCCAGGGAAUUUUAGUAUGCAAGGAUGCUACUAGAGUAACACAAUCUUACAUUAAAACAAGAACUCUACCUAGAAACCUACUUUUACACCCUGGGCACUCCUUGCAGAUGUUCAAUAAGUUGACCGGGAUUAUCAACAGAAACUUGAGUAAAGACCUGGAAAGACGGUUACGUUGUAGUAUUCUUCUCUGCGGAGAGGAAGGAUCGGGUAAACUGGAAUUUUGUCAAUAUCUGGCGGAGAACACGGGACUAGGAUACACGGAGAACUGUGGGAGAGAUUUGGUCGGAGAUACUCCGGCAAUAACGGAGGGGAAUAUUCUGAAAGCUGUGACUGAAGUAAACAACUGUAUGCCAACAAUUUGGGUGAUCAGGAAUGUUAAUGAUUUGGUUUCAACCCGUGAGGGAGAACUGGACGAACGUAUCCUUCUCUCUUUAGAAACUAGACUUUCCUCCCUCUCUCCCUCCACUGUACUCGUUGGAACUUGUCUCUCCAAGGAGAAAGUAUUCCCUAAACUAUCCAGAUUAUUUCUCCAUGUCCAGGAUAUCCGAGCUCCUGACGCUGCGGAUAGAACAACUGUUUUGGAAAGGAUCUGCGAGGAUAGAGACCUUGAUCUUGAACAUGGAAACCUGAUUGAAUUCGUGUCAGUUGUAAGUGCUGGUUUCAAUAUCGGAGAUUUAAACUCUUUAAUUGACGCGACAGUAAUGUCAUGCUGUAUGGAUGGUAGAGAACGGAUAAACAAGGAUGACUUUAUCAAUGGUUUGGAAACUUUAAAGAAAUCUAGAUCCAAGUCCUUAGGACUAGCCGAGGUUCCCUCUGUGAAGUGGGAGGAUGUUGGAGGCUUGCAUGAAGUUAAACGAGAACUUCUCCAGGCCGUUUCUAGCUGUGGGGCUGGUGGUUGGAGAAGGUCUGGAAUACUGAUGCACGGACCACCUGGAGUAGGAAAAACCCUGCUUGCCAAAGCUGUUGCUACAGAGUGCUCCAUGAGCUUUAUUAGCGUGAAGGGACCGGAACUUCUAAACAUGUAUGUGGGACAAUCAGAGGAAAAUGUCCGGGAUAUUUUUAAACGCGCUCACGAGGCCGAACCGUGCAUCGUCUUCUUUGACGAGUUGGAUUCUUUAGCUCCGGCCAGAGGUCAGUCCGGGGAUAGCGGAGGAGUCAUGGAUCGUGUGGUUUCAGCUCUUUUAUCGGAGCUAGAUGGAUUGGAACGGAUGAAAGUUGUUGUAAUCGGAGCUACAAACCGUCCGGAUCUUCUGGACUCGGCUCUUCUCCGUCCUGGUAGGUUUGACAAGUCCUUGUUUAUCGGAACAACAAGCGAUCCCUCGGAGCUUCUUGAUAUUCUUACAGCUCUCACUCGCAAGAUGAAACUGGCUCCGGACUGUGAUCUCUUACGGGUAGUUUCCAACCUGUCUCCAGGUAUGUCUGGAGCUGAUCUCUCCGGUCUGGUUUCCCAAGCUGCACUGAAAGCAGUUGAACGGAUAAUUCAAUCAGAGCUUACAGGGCAAACUUUGCUCUCCGAUGACGUGACCUUGGAGGAUUUUCUUGAAGCUGGACUAUCUCUGGAACCUUCUGUGAUAAAUCAAAAAUAGAUAUUGUUAUAAACUUGUUUUAUAGAAAAUAUUUACAUACAUUAAUUGUUUUGUUAAAG